AAAUCAUACAAGCAAAGAAAUAAUGCUAAAUUUGCAGCUGGAAGGUAAAUUAUACUCUGUAGAUAUAAAUUUCUCCUUCUCAUUUCUUAUUUGGUGCAUCCUCAUUUCCUUUCCUUGCAUCUUGGCUAGGCAGCCUAGGUGUUCUUAAAAUAUGGGGCACUUCUCAAUACUCAAAUUGAUGCUUCCUCAUUUCCUCGUUCCUCCGUCCUCCAGCCCCUGACCCGGAAAUCGAUCGACGUCAACCAUCUUGAAGGACAUAUCAAUUCUCUAAUUGCACCACGAGGAGGCGAGGAACGAGGAAGCUUCCAGAGGAGCUAGGAGCGAGGCUACACAAGGUGUACCCUAUGCGGAAGUGUUUCUUGUCCAAAAACCUGACGCAUGUAUAAAUUCCCCUCCUCCUUUACAUCUGACACAGUCUUAAAGAAAAAGUCCUUUGAUGAUGUGAUGGAUAUUGUGUGAAAUAUGAUUCAAUAAUAAUACGCUUACAAUUCAUGCAUCCCUUUUGUAUACAGCCUAUCCUACAGGGUCGCGGAGAACCUGGAGCCUAUCCCAGGGAGCACUGGGAUACACCCUGGACGAAGUGCCAAUCCAUCACAGGGCACAAUCACAUACACAUACACACUCACACACCCAUUCAUACACUACGGACACUUCGGAUAUGCCAAUCAGCCUACCAUGCAUGUCUUGGGACUGGGGGAGGAAACCGGAGUACCCGGAGGAAACCCUUGCAACACGGGGAGAACAUGCAAACUCCACACACACAGGGCAGCAGCAGGAAUCGAACCCCAUUGAUCCUUGCAUGUUUGGAUAUGCAAAUGCAAAUUGAUCCUUGCAUGUUUGGAUAUGCAACGCUGCACAAAAGAUGCCAUCAUUUAUUUUCACAUCCUAAGGGGGUGGAGCUAAGACGCAAGGAAAGGAUGCGAGGAAAGGAAACGAGUAUGUACAGAUGAGAAAUGAGAAGCACCCCUGGUGUAAAAAGACGCUCAUUAACGAUUGGCCUAGAAAUACUAGAAAGCACGGCGCGUUCAUCCUAUUGGUUCAUCCUAUUGGUUCAUCCUCACGUAAACCCCGCCCCCCGUGCAGCGAUUGGUGGGCGCAAUUGGAAGACAAGGCGGGGUUUUAGCUGUAGUCAUGCUGAAGUGGCAAACUGUCGCUUUAUGAAUUACUUUGAAUCACUUUGAAUCAUUCAGGACUGUUUAUUAUUAUUAUUAUUAUUAUUAUGGCAGUCAUGGAGAAUAUCCUGAGGAGGCUGUUUUCUUCUGAAGAGGAGGAACUUUACAUUUUGGACUGUCUUUCAUAUUUAAUGAUGUUAAUGGCUGUUGCGACGUGUGUAUCUUUGCUCUUUCAGAAUGUACCUUACGGCAGAUACAGCUCCAGUAAAUAUGGAUUUCCGGUUAAUGUGAAAGUAGCUUGGUUUGUUCAAGAGCUACCUGCUUUUCUUGUGCCUCUGAGUUUAAUAUUAUGGACUUCACCCUUGAAGAUAACAGUCCUACCUAACCAGCUCCUUCUCGGCAUGUACUUUUGCCAUUAUGUCCAAAGGUCUCUCGUAUAUCCGUUUUUAAUCCGAGGAGGAAAGCCCACACCGUUUGCAUCGUUUGCUCUGGCGUUCGUUUUCUGCAUUUAUAAUGGAUAUCUGCAAGUGAGAUACCUGAGCCAGUAUGCAGACUUCCCUCAGGGUUGGGUUUCACAUCCCUGCUUCAUCACAGGCUCCUGUCUAUGGCUUCUCGGAUGGAUAAUUAACCUUCAUUCUGACCACAUACUGAGGAACCUGCGCAGACCAGGAGAAACAGGCUACAAGAUUCCCAGAGGUGGAGUGUUUGAGUAUGUGUCCGGUGCUAAUUUUCUGGGUGAGAUCGUGGAAUGGGCUGGAUUUGCUCUGGCUGCUCACUCUGUCCACAGUUUUGCUUUUUCUUUCUUCACCUUCAUCGUUCUUUCUAGCCGAGCCAUCGCCCACCACAAGUGGUAUCUUGAGAAAUUUGAGGAUUACCCCAAAUCAAGGAAAGCUCUGAUUCCAUUUGUGUUCUAAUGAAAUGACCGUAUCGCCCUUACCUACAAUGAAGAACAUCCAAACUUGUACUAUAUUCUGACUAUACUAUACUGUAACUAUAAACUUGUACUAUAUUAUGACUAUACUGUACUAUAUAAGGAGAUUUCUUAUAGCGUUGAAAUAUUAAGCACCAGAUCAAACCUGUCUUAGAAUCGAAGCACUCACCACAGGCAUUGCCAGUUAGUCCAUUGUAAAAAUGUAAUUGUGCAAGAAUGAGUCACAGGUAAAUAAUUACACCUCAAGGCCUGAGCUUUGCAUCUUGCCAUGUGAACCGAGACCAAAACAGACAAAAAACUAAUCUUAAAAGGUUUAAUAUUUUAUUAAAAAUCCUAAGUUCAUUACAGCACAUUACAAACUUUUCUUCUUCUUUGGUUAAGAAAUAUCCAGAAGUUUAAUAUAGAGAAGUUUAAGGCAAGUUAGAAAACUUUUUUUUUUUAGGGAUUAAGGACUCGCAGUCCAGGAAACACUUCUGAAGACAUGGGUUAAUGUCUUGAACAUGGGUCUUGUAUGACCUUGGAAGUGGAAUUUGUUCUUUGAAUUGUGGUCACGUCAGUGACUGGAUCCCAUGUAUCGCUCAAUUCCAACGAUACAUACUUUGUUUUUGGGACUGCCAAGCAGUGGCAAGGCUUCUUCUACCCUAAAUGUGCGUGUGUGGCAGCCAUUACAGUGCACCACAGCAGCACCAUACAUGGCAUCUCGCUAAGGUCCUAUAGGCUUAUUACUGCCUUUCUAAGUGGGGUCAAACACCUCUUCCUGCCAGUGUCCUCUAGUAGCCCAGCUUGGAGCUUGGAACCUCCUCCUUGUGUUGGACUCCCUUAAGUAAGGACCGUCUCUGGAAACUUUCUUGCUAGUGAUAUCUUCACCUAAAAUGGUUGGGGAGUUACAUGAUUGGGUGAUAUGCUUGCCUUGAAUGCAUUAGUGGCCAGGUGACUUUGGGCUGAAUCCAGGUUUUCUGCCCAAGGUCAUAUCACCAAAUUUUGUUAAUCAGUCAGUUGACCUUGAAGCCCUCAAUGAGCAUGCAUUGCUGUUCCCCAGUAUGUGACUUGUGGCGUCGUUUAGACCAGGCAACCAUCAGAUCCUUAGACCAGCUGUUUUGUUUUUUUUGUUAUGGUGGGAAGACACUUGUCUACCCAGUGGGCCAGCCUUUCCUCAGACAUCAUCACCUUGGCCUCUAGACAGGCUGGAUGUCCAGCCCCUACUAUAACAUGCCAGACUCCUCCUCAUAGCCCUUGUUUAGAGGUGUGCUGAUGCUACCUUGCCAUGGCCGUGCACUUUCUCCAGACUUUACACCUGUCCCAGUGGUGUGAGCACAGCAGCCAUUUCUGAACACCUCUCCAAGCAUCACGCUAGUAUACUAUACGCGAUCCAGGGGUUCUGCACCACACCUUGUGGUUAGGAUAAGUGAAAUACAUAUGUAAAUGUGGUUCUAUGAAUCUUGAAAAUUCUCCAGAGUUCCUUGUAAUUUGGAGUCUGUGCUAAGAGAGCUAAUUGACAUGGCUCUAGGCGAUGAUUUCUGUGUGGUGGUUUAAUGGUUAUGUACCCUCAUAGGAGACCUUAUGCAGGCAGAAGGUUAUUAAUUUGAAAGAAUGAAAUGUUAAAGGAUGGAUAAUUACAGUAACACAUGGCGUAAAAGGAAUCAAGAUGAUUGGGAUGACUAAUUAGCUUGAAUACUCAAACAGUGAUGUUGACAAAUCUCGGUCUGUUCAGCUUGUGAUGAAUGGGAAAUGAGUUGUAAUUAAUUUAUUGAAUGAUGUGAAAUGAUUUUAAAGCUUGUAUAAAAUCAAUCCAUCAUUUUAAUGGCAGCAUAAAGACAUAAAGGAAGCCUUUUCUACAGCAUCCUAUAAAAGAAAUGGAUUGGCCCAUUUCCACUAUAUCACUCUCUCGCUACAGUCUAAGGCUAUAGAUGCAGAAAAUGAACCAAGAGUCGUGAAUGCACUUUUGCCCUGAAAACAGCUCAUUCACAGGGACAUGUAUAGAAGAUCUACAAUGUACAUAAUCCAAGGCAGUGGUUCUCAACCAGGGGGGUGAGAUCUGAAGGGGGGCAUAAAAAACAGACGGGGCAUCAUUUGGGUACUCUGUGUAUUUUUAUUGCUCUUCAAAUAUAAUGAGCAUAAAUUGGAAAAAAACAGCGUUCCCUCUCCCUCUGUAUUUUCUUUUUGCUGGGGAGAGGCAGAGCUUAGCCUGCCUUUUACGUAGCUGUCAGUGCAGACCAGUGUUGCCAACUUAGCCACUUUUCAGACCCCUUUAGUGACUUCUUUUGCAACAGCGACAAAUCUAGUGACUUUUUGGACAAACCUGAUUAACUUUCCAAAUGUGGCCAGUACUGUACUGCAAGCGUGAGGUCGUGCUUUCCCACUGCACUCGCACCUCUCUCUGUGUCUGCUCUGUUCAGUGAGGGGCUGAGAGCCGGAGAUUUAACAAUGUCAUGGAAAACGCAAGACGAAUGCAAUGCAACAUGUUUUACAUGUAAAAUAGUCCAUCCAUCUUCAACCGCUUACUCCUUUUCACAGGGAACCUGGAGCCUAUCCCAGGGAGCAUCGGGCACAAGGCGGGGACACCCUGGACAGGGUGCCAGUCCAUCACAGGGCACACAUUCACACACCCAUUCAUACACUACGGACACUUUAGACACGCCAAUCAGCCAUGCAUGUCUUUGGACUGGGGAAGGAAACCGGAGUACCCAGAGGAAACCCCCACAGCACGGGGAGAACAUGCAAACUCCGCACACACAGAGCCACGGGAAUCGAACCCCAACCCUGGCGGUGUGAGGCAAACGUGCUAACCACUAAGCCACCGUGCGCCCCAGUUUUAUAAAAGUAAUUUUUAAAAAUCAUAAAAGUUAUGAAAAGUAAUUUUAAAAAGUACAAAAAUACAAAAGCAAAAAAAUCUAUCUAUCUAUCAAAAACAGAUUAUAGAUUAGGUGUAUAUAUGGGGUGGAUUGCAUGUCACAUGAUAGGGGAGGCUUGGGGGGGGGGCUUUAGUUACAAAAGGUUGAGAAUCUCUGAUCUAAGGCUAACGAAAAAAUUAUUAAAAACCGUUAUUUAACAAAGAAUGUAAUCUUUUAUGUUGUGAAGUUUUCUGUGAGAAGUUUAAGAUUUAUGGAAGGAGUCUCCAGUGUCAGUGCUUUGUAACAGUAGGUUUUGUUUCGUCACAAGAGGGUCGAGGACUUUGUAGUAUCUGUGUGUGUUUUGUUUGUUUGUUUUUGUUUUUUAAUUAUUACCUUGAUUACAGCUGCUAUAACAUGAUAACUUGUCUUAGGAAGGUUCCACAACAUUGAAUGUACCUAACAAACUGUUAUUAAUCAUGACAUUAAUAAAUCGAAAAUUGUAAUCAUUGGCAAACUGAUGUUUACAAGGUAUAAAAUAUUUCAGUACAUGCUGUUAUAAUUAAAUAAUCCACUUUGA